AUGAACGUCAGUGAAGGAAUAUUGACAACAAAUGGUGAGACCUUGAAUCUGUUGUCACAAAUAUCCUUUUACCUGGACCCUGUCUCUUGCCGUGUCGUCCCCCUUCUAGGUAACCACAUGCUCCUACGCGUGUUGCCGUCCGUCUACCCCAAACUGCCCCAUGCCAUCCAUCGUCACCUAGGCAACCUGACGGCCAUGAUGUCACAGCUCGAGUCACCGGAACAACAACACCUGCUGAGGCUGAUCCAGAUGGUCGCCGAGCAACAGCCACAGGUGCUGAGCCCCCUGGUGCCCUCCCUGGUUGGUUACCUAGGCGAUGCCUCUCUGAACGAGACCCUACUGGGUGCACUGGUGUACGUGUCACAGGCUAGCCCCGCCUCCAUGGCCCCCUUCCUGCCCGCGCUGAGGGUUGUGGGUCAGCAGUACCCAGUCCUGCUGGGACACGUGGUCAAAAUUCACAGAGCUGUGGGCUUAACCAGUGAGUGUCAGGCCCGUAACUCCCUGGUGUACCUAGUGUCUCUGCUGGGCAGUAUGGAUCACAGCUUUCACCACAGUCUGCUGCUGGAGAUCAGGGCCCUGACUGACAGAUACAGCUCCAUCCUGGGAGGCUGUGCCAAAGACAUCUACAGGAUGAGUAACAGCUUCAGCUCCAUAGCCAGACUACUGGGGAGAAGACUGGAGAUGGACACCACUAUCAACUGCAGGGUUGAAGAGGAAUCAGAAGGCCCUCCUUCCCCUUGUAUCUCAGAGGCCAGUGUGUGUGGAGGUGCAGGGGGGUGUGGAGGUGGGUCAGAGCAGCGACUGCAGGUGAAGAUCCAGGCGUUUGAGGAGAAGAUGGGGGAGGAGGGGGGAGAGGGGUCACCUACACCCCAACGCAGAAACAGCAUGGGACAAGCCGCUAGAGAGAAACACAGAGAGAUGAGGUUUAACAGGUCAAAGAGUCUGGCUCUGCAAGCCGUGAGGUCACGGUCCGUCAACUCUGACAGCGGACAGGAUGGAGAAGGGGUGGAGCUAACAUCUGACGCAUUCCUCUCAGAAUCCCCACCCAAUCACCAAACAGAAGCCUUAGACACCUCUCCCACUGAGAGGAAACUAACCAAUGAAAACUCCCUGUCUCCCUCCACCCCUCCGGCCACGCCCCGUGAGGAACAGAGGGAUCGACCGGGAGAGGGGGAAGGAGGGAGAGGAGGAGGACUAGGAGAGGGGACAGAGGACAAGCUGUACAGCCACCUGAGGGACAACAUGGAGAAGAUCAAAGAGUUUUGUUCUGAGAUGGUUCAACAGAUCCCCAUACCAGAACACUGUGUCAUAGAAGACUCGAGCAAUGGCAGUGUGGCGAAGCUGUCGUUCUCGUGCCCCCUGAAGGGGCGUUACUGUCUGUAUACCAAGUCCUGUUUCACCCUCACCAGCCUCCAGCCUCACCUCUGGAUCAACAUCAUGCUGCUUCACCUACAGAGUAAGCACAGCGCUCCUCUCUCCUCUCUGGAUGACUGUGUGCAGAGGUUGGGGAGACUGUGGGAGAGGACCCAGCUAAAAGGAGCUCACGGCUUCUCCGUGGCCAUGACCCAACAGCCCACUCCACACAGAAAG